CUUAAUCACCAAGCCUCAUAAAUACCCUCCAAUAAAACAUAUAUUCCUUCUUCUGCACCCCACAAUACCCUUAAUUUCAAAAACAACCAGGGCUAGUUUCGGAAACUCGCAGUUACAUCUUAAUUGCAGCUCGGUGCCCAGAAACCCAGCUCAGGUGGCGGUGCUCCGAUACACCGGUAGAGCUCACCGUUCCUCAACCCAGCAACUGGCAAAACCUCAAUACUCUUUACGAAGGCGCACUGUUUCCUGAGACCCACCGCGAAAAUUUUGAAAAAACAUCAGUUGCAGAAAGAGCGCGCGCGAGCGAUAGGGAGAGAGCGCUUAGCGCGCAGCGAGGAACGGUUAAAAAGCUUUUCAGCGUUGUCUUCUUCUUCCUCAGCUUUUAAUCUUGUUCUGACAGCCAACGGGGGGACAGUGUUCGCUGUUUUCCGUCCUUUCGUUUUCCCAUCCAUAACCUUUCCAAGCAAUGGACUUCAACCGGCAGAGAUCACUAGUGGCGGAACACGGUACCCCGGAAGCAUCAUCUGCUCAACCACCGCCGCCGCCGCCGCCGCAAAAACCAGCCGACGUGCCAUUCCGCCCGAGCAUUGCCGUCAUAGUGGUGGUUCUCACCACCAUGUUCUCCCUCACAUUUCUUCUCCUUCUCUACGCCAAGCACUGUCGACGGCAAGCUGCCGCGACGGCGCCCCCCCCCCCCCCCGCCGCAACUGGAGGCGGCGGAGUAGCGGCUCUCGGCAGGACGGCGGAGGAUCGGACUUCAGGGGUCGAGCGCGCGGUGGUGGAGUCUUUGCCGCUUUUCCGGUUCGCCUCCUUGAUGGGGGAGAAGGAUGGGAUCGAGUGCGCGGUCUGCUUGAGCCGGUUUGAAGCGGAGGCGCUACUCCGGCUUCUUCCUAAAUGUCGCCAUGCUUUCCACAUAGACUGUGUUGACGCCUGGCUUGACUCUCACUCUACCUGCCCGCUCUGCCGCUCGCGCGUUCACCCCGAGGACGUGCUCCUCCUACUACGGCCCGAUCCCCCUCUGCCGCCGUUGGUAACGGCGGCGCCACCUUCGCGGAGAAUCUCCGGCAGGCAUUCUUCGGCGGGAGAGAAGGCGAGCGGCUGCGCCAUUGCCGUAUUAGUGGACAGGCAGAGAAAAGACGGGCUUUUGCUACCGGAGGUGGAGGGGGUCGGUGGGCAGUAUAGUCACCGGGUAGUGUUUUCCGGAGGAGGAUCGCGAGAGAGGUGGAGCGAUCUCCGGCCGUCGGAUCUGAUGUUUUUGAGGUCGGAGACGACGAUCACGGCGAGCGGAACUACGGCGGAGUUGGGUGGCGGCGUAUUCCGAAUUGGAUUGAGGAAUGAGCCGGACCUGACGAGUGUGAACCGGGUCAGCCGAACCGGGGGGGCUGAGGAGCGGACGAUGCGGAGGUGGGUUCGGAUCGCCGGUAAACGGACGGCGGGAUGGCUCGGAGGGGAUGAGAAUGGAUGAAUGAUGAGAAAUGACGGGAAUGCCCUUGGUAUCUAUGGUUUUUUACUCGUGUGAUUCCGAGUAACGGUGGUCACGUGAGUCGGAUUAAUCGGAGCAACGGGGCGGAUGUCGGGCUUCUUGGUGCCUUGUGCGGGCGAGGAUCUCGCAGCUUGUUGAGAUUUGUGUUGCUCCUCAAUCGAACGGUGGGGAGCGAAACCUCGCUGUGAUUCGUUUCGGAUUGCGGAAAAGGGAUUGGAUGAUUAACUGCAGCAAAUGGUGAAUCGAAAUGUUUUGAUCAAUGUGGCUUUUUUAAUUUGGUUUUGAAGAAAUGCUGAAUUGUCUAAAAUUAAUUGGUAAAUUUACAGACAUACGAGAUAAUUGCUAUGC